UGGAGCAGUUGGUGCGAAAGUGAAAGGAUUACGGCAUGCAGCGUUGGAUUGUCUUUGCAGCCUGCUGCUGGUGGCUGGCAGCAUCCGGUCAGGCGUUGGAGAGUGUGUUCGGAGCCUAUAACCUGGAGCUGGAGUUCCCGUCGCCGCAUGAAAGGCAGCGAGCGCUGAGCGAGGGCCUCUACGACCCGGGCAGCGUUAUUCCCAUCGAUGUGGAUGUUUACUACAAGCAUGGCGAUGCCACGCCCUCGAUAUUCGUGACCAUUCCGCGCUUCGCCAAGGGUGUUCCCUACUCCCUGGCCUAUGUCACCAACGAAAUGCGCCCGAACGGAACGCUCCUGCAGGCCUAUCCCAGCUACGAGUGGCACAAAUCCCACGGUGCCGACUGCAAUGGCCUGACAUCCGUUUACCGCACCCAGAUCGACGAGUGCGGCCGGAUGUGGAUCCUGGACAGUGGCGAGAUCGACUUCAUCCAGCACUGCCCGCCGCAGCUGUACGCCAUUGACUUGGAGAGCGGGAAGGUGGUGCACCAGUACAAGAUGCCCAAGCGGCUGUACAAGGAGGGAGUCAGUCGCUUCGUGACGCCCACCGUGGAGCUGGAUGCCCACAACUGCGAUGUGGGAUUCGUGUACAUGGCCGACUCCAUUGGCCAUGGCAUUGUGGUGUACGACGUGGCCGCCCAGAAGUCGUGGCGGAUCGAGAACAAAUUCACGUACCCGCAUCCGGACUUCGGCACCUUCACCAUAGCCGGUGAGAGCUUUGAGCUGUGGGAUGGCACGGUGUCCACCAGUCUGACGCCCCACGGUUUGGGCGGCCGGCGCAUGAUGUACUUCCACUCGCUGUCCAACGAAUGGCAGAUGGCCAUCCCGCUGGACGUGAUCAACAAUGGCAGCAACUGGCGGCUGAACGACGUGAGUGCCGCCCUGGACCAGUUCCAGGUGCUGGGCAAGCGUGGCAGUCAGUGCGUGGGCACGGCCAUGAGUGAGUCCGGCUUCCUAAUCUGCGGCCUGGUCCAGCCACCGAGCCUCCUGGCCUGGAACAUCCGCACUGGCUACAGCCAUCAGAAUCUGGUUAUGCUGGUGGAGGACGAGCAGCGUCUGCAGUUCGCUAGCGGCCUGAAGAUCGUGCGGAAUCACGAGGGCAAGGAGGAGCUCUGGGUGCUGUCCAACCGGCUGCAGAAAGCUUUUGGAGCGGGUCUGGACUACAAGGAGAUCAACUUCCGCAUACAGAAGUGCGGGGUGCAAGAGCUGCUCGGCGGAAGGCCAUGCUAAUCUAUGUGCUGCUACUCAAUAAAGUUGAAAUACGAGGGUCUCAGAGUAAA